AGGAGGCCGGGGGGCUCCGGGAGGGUCGCGGCUGGCGGUGGGGAUGGCGAGGCUCGGUGUUCUGUGCUUCGUCCCGGGAUGCUGGGCUGGGUGUGCUCGGCGCCCUCCUGCCCCGCCCCGGGGUUCCAGCAGGUCGGAGCCCCCCGGGAUGAGCCUCUUUGGGACCUUCUCUUCCGCAGGGGCGGCUCCUCCGCCUCGCUUUGCCCUAAAACGGAGCGAGCCCGUGCUGCCCGGCUCUGCCCUUCCUGCCUGCCUUCGGCGGCGGGGGGAAAGCCGAGGUCCGGUUUUCCAGCCCGGGUGUAUCCGGCUCAGCCCGGCUUUGGGAGAAACCCCCGGGAGGGCUUUUGGCAGCGGGAGAGCUGCGUGCCUUGGCACGGGCCGGGCCGUCGGUGUGCCGGGAGCAGCAGGGCUCCCGGUGGCACCGGGGAUUUGGGGAGCGCCCGGCUGGAAAGGGCAGCCAGCGGGACGUGCGGCCAGCCGGGACAAACCUUCGGCACGCUGGGCAGCGUGCCAGCGCCUGCGGGAGUCACCGGCAGCCUGGAUGUCCCCCGGAGCCCAGGGGGACCCACCUGGAAGGGGUCCCCGAGGUGCUGCAGAGCUGGAGAACCCCCAGGAGCCGUGUCCUGGCAGCCCCCCACGCAUCCCAGAGGCACCAUGAUCCCCAGCGUGGGCCCCCGGCGCUGCUGCCUGCUCCUGCUGCUCUGCCUCCUCCCCUGCCCGCAGGUCCGGGCGGGCAGGGACGGCCCCGGCGUCUCGGCAGCCUCCUUCCUGCAGGAUCUGCUCCAGCGCUACGGGGAGAGCCAGACCCUGAGCCUGAAGCAGCUCAAGGCCCUGCUGAACCGCCUGGAUGUGGGAGUGGGACACGCCAAUGUCUCCCAAACACCUCAGCAGCGCCUGAACCUCUCCCGCUGCUUCAGCUCUGUGGAGCUUUUCGCCAUCCACAACCUGAGCGAGGGCUCCCCUGUGGGGCACAGCGAGUUCAAGGAGUUCUGCCCCACCAUCCUGCAGCAGCUGGAGUCGGGGGCGUGCGCCUCCGAAAACCUGGAGAACGAGGAGAAUGAGCAGACGGAGGAGAGCAGGCCCAGCUCAGCUGAAGUGUGGGGCUUUGGUUUUCUCAGUGUGUCCAUGAUUAACGUGGCCUCCCUGCUCGGAGUCCUCAUCGUCCCGUGUUCCCAGAAGGCCUUUUUCAGCCGGGUGCUGCUGUUUUUCAUCGCGCUCUCCAUCGGCACGCUGCUCUCUAACGCGCUCUUCCAGCUCAUCCCAGAGGCGUUUGGAUUCAACCCUCAGGAGGAUUAUUACGUUUCCAAGUCCGCUGUGGUGUUCGGGGGCUUCUACCUCUUCUUCUUCACAGAGAAGAUCCUGAAGAUGCUCCUGAAGCAGAAGGACCAGCACCACCACGGGCACAGCCACUACGGCCCCGAGGCUCUGCCCUCCAAGAAGGACCGGGAGGAGGGGGUCACGGAGAAGCUGCAGAACGGGGACCUGGACCACAUGAUCCCACACAUCACCAGCGAGCUGGAGUGCAAGCCCCCCUCUGGGGAUGAGAAGGCCGUGGUGGGCUCCCUCUCUGUCCAGGACCUGCAGGCCUCCCAGAGCGCGUGCUACUGGCUGAAGGAGGUGAGGUACUCGGACAUUGGGACGCUGGCCUGGAUGAUCACGCUCAGCGAUGGCCUCCACAACUUCAUCGACGGCCUGGCCAUCGGGGCCUCCUUCACCGUGUCGGUUUUCCAAGGGAUCAGCACCUCCGUGGCCAUCCUGUGCGAGGAGUUCCCCCACGAGCUGGGGGACUUUGUGAUCCUGCUGAAUGCUGGGAUGACCAUUCGCCAGGCGCUCUUCUUCAACUUCAUCUCUGCCUGCUGCUGCUACGUGGGCCUGGCCUUUGGCAUCGUGGCUGGCAGCCACUUCUCUGCCAACUGGAUCUUUGCUCUGGCUGGAGGGAUGUUCCUGUACAUAGCGCUGGCUGACAUGUUUCCUGAGAUGAACGAGGUGAGCCGGGAGGAUGAGCAGAACGGCAGCGCCCUGAUCACCUUCGCCAUCCAGAACGCGGGGCUGCUCACGGGCUUCACCAUCAUGGUGCUGCUCACCAUGUACUCGGGGCAGAUCCAGAUAGGGUAGGACCAGCCCGAGCUGCAGCCCUGAUCCAAUUUUUCCAUGGUUUUAUUUUGGGGGGGGAAGGGUUUUUUCUUUUUUUUUUUUUCUUUCCUUUUCCUGCUGCAAACGUACGACGGUACCUGUGCGGGCACUGACGUCACACUACAGGAGAGACACUGCUUUGAAAGCUAUUCCAUGGAUCUUUUUCUGGUUUAAGGCUGAGGGGAGUGGAAUUCCCCUUCCCAUAGGACUGACCUGACUUUGUCCAGUGUCAUAUCCCUUCUCUCCUCGCCUCUCCCAGAAAGGAUGGAACGGGGAGACGGGAGCUGCUCCAGCUGUGCUGCUCCUCUCGUUGUGCUUGGAGCAUUCCCAUGGGACAUGAGGCUGUCCUGACCCCUCUGGGCUGUGUGAUGGGGACAGACAGGGACAGACCCUUCUCAGAGCGUUCCCCACAGCCAGCCCUCAGAGCUGUGCUCUCUGAGGAUGAGGAGGUUCAUGAUGUCACCAUCAUCCAACUGCUUUUGCUGGGUUUCAGCCCGGACAAUGCCCUGCCAAGAGCGGGGUGAAGAGGGCAGGGGUUUUAAAGCACAUUUUGGGUGUCAGUGCUCAGAGCAGAGCACACCAGCCUGGGUUGGAGUGACACUUGGGCUGCUGGGAGAAGCCUGCCAGGAUGCCCUGACCCUCCCUUCAGUCCAUGCUGCUGGAACGAGGGACAAACCCCAGCUCCUCCUCUGUGAGGGCUGCUCAGAAGGGGAUGAGAGCAGAGCCCUGCCCGGCCACAGGCUCCACCCAGGGAUUUCUCCUCCGGCUGUGUCUGAGCUCACGGUGACACCCAGGAACAGCCACCAGUUUUUAAACAGUGCUAAGGUUCAGGGUGGGGUGGGGGGUGUUUGUAAAAGCAAAACUCAGACUGUGAACCUCUUUAGGUUGCGUGUUCCCAGCCUUAGGGAGUAGCCAGAGAAGGGUGUUCCAGGCACUUCCCAGCUCUGCCUCCGGGCUGGCGUUCCCCAGAUUCACUAGGUGAAUUACUUAUUAUCAUAUUGAUAAGGUUGUCCACCCCACCUGUGUUGCCUGAGGUUCCCUCACACCUCUUUUGCCCCCAGACCCCUUGUCCUGUACCUGGUGUAAGCUUGUGGCCGUGUGGAUUCAGGGGAAUCCCUCGUGGUUUGGCGCUGGAUUGGGAUGGAGGAGAGGUGCAGGUGCUCUGGAAGUGUUUGUGAAGUGUCUUCCUUCACUGCCCACCUGUGCAGGUGUGUGGGGUGUGACAGGGUGGUGGCACUGUGCUGGAGCAGAGGCUCCCACACCUUCCCUUCGCCCUCUGAGGAAAGCAAACCUGAGGCUGUGCCAGGUGUUAUUCCUGCCCAUCUCAGACAGAGGGCCCUGGCACAGGCUCAGCACCCCUGGCAGCGUUGUACCCUGGCUGGGUCUCUGUAAUCCCUGAAUUCCCGUAGUUCCCAGCUGGGUGAUGUUCUUCCUAAGCUCCCAACAGCUGUCACCGAGCCCGUGCCCUCUGGCACUGCCAGGAUCCUCAUGGAUCAUCACCUGCACUCUCGGUGGCUUUUCUAGUCUGGGCAUUUGUCCCCUCAGCACCCCCGGCUCUUGGCUUUGUCCUGCACCCCAAAACCUAAAUAUCAAUUCCGGAGGGAGCCUUUUUGGGAUCACCCUUCACCCGAAGGUGCCGCGCUGUCCUCGGGUGACUCCCUCAAGGAGAGACGGGCUCCGCUUUGUCCCGUGUGGUGUCCCUUGUGGGUUGUCACCGAAAGUCACUUUUCCCACUGGAACCGAGCAGCGUGGCCUGGCUGGGGCAGUCAUUCAUCUCCUGGCAGGCGCUCCCUGUGCUGCAGGUUCCAGGACCAAAGGGGCAUUGGAAACACUUUUUCCUUGCUUGAGAGAGCCGCAGCCCCAGCUGACUGACCCGAUGUGGAAAAUCUGAGUCCUUCCACUGGCACAGCUGCCCUCUCCUCCCUCUCAAGGAGCACUUGGAAAACACCUGUGGCUGGCAGGGCACCGGAGCUGCAUCCCGGCUGGAAAAGCCUCCGUGGGGGAGGACAGGGGGCAAUGGGGGGUUUGUCCCCUCUGGACUGUGCCUGGGAGGUCCCCAGGAGGUGGGAGGUGGCAGAGAGCAGGGCUCGGCGUCCUCAGAGCCGGCAGCAUUCACUGUGAGGAUCGCAACUCCGCCGUCUUCUCCUUCCGAGUUUAUCCCUGAGAAGUCUGCAACCCGGGGAUUUGGGAUUGGGGGUGAGAAUCGAGGCUGCCCUGCCACCAAGGAGAGCUGCUGUUCCCCCUGGGCAGGCUGGCACCUGCCAGUGGGAAAGGGGUGGCAACCCACCCAAACCGAGCCCCUCGGGGAUUGUCAUCCGUGUCUCCUUCCCCUCAAGUUCCAUCUCAGUAUUUCAAUUAAAACUCAGGUGUUGUAGGAGAGAAACAAAGAGCGUUAACUUAAAUGUCACGUGAAUUGUACAGAUAUUUGUAAAAUUCCAUAAAUAAACUAUAUUCUGUAAUGA